AAAUUCACUAAUCAUAUCAUAUAUUAAACUACGACAAGUCAAAAUAUAUUAUUUAAAAAAAAAAUAUAUAUAUCUCUCUAAAUGCAACCUUCAACAGUGUGUAGAAAUAGAGAAGCCGAAGAAUCGAUCGAAAGAAAAGCUGAAGAGCAGCAAUCGUCAUCAGAGCUUGCAUCAACAUCCCUAAACAUGGGAUCAAAACGUAUGGUUAAUGCGAUUAUUAGAACGGGAAGACGAACAUCUUUUGUCAACAAUAGUCUAAUGUCAGCCGCUCGAUCCAAGCCAUCAUUGUUGCACGCAAUCGUCGUUAUUUUUCUUGAAUUUUUUGCUUGGGGUCUACUAACAUUACCUGCAAUUACCGUUCUGAACACUACAUUUCCCGAUCAAACAUUUCUAAUGAAUGGCCUUAUAAUGGGCGUGAAAGGAUUUCUUUCAUUUUUAAGUGCUCCGCUUAUUGGUGCUUUGAGCGAUCUUUGGGGAAGAAAGUUUUUCUUAUUGAUCACUGUUUUUUUUACCUGCCUGCCCAUACCAUUUAUGAAAUUUAGUCCCAGUCUUUAUUUUGGUCUAGUUAUAUUGUCCGGUAUAUUUUCAGUCACCUUUUCUGUCAUAUUUGCUUAUGUAGCGGACAUAACCGAAGAACAUGAACGUAGCCAUGCAUAUGGAUGGGUUACAGCAACAUUUGCUUUGAGCUUGAUUACUAGCCCAGCAUUGGGUGCAUUCAUAUCAUCCACAUUGGGCGAUGACAAUCUAGUCAUUUGUAUGGCAACCGGUGUAGCCAUCUUUGAUUUUAUCUACAUUCUUUUAAUGGUACCUGAAUCAUUGCCUGAAAAAUUGAGACAAAAAUCAGUUUCGAUUUGGGAAUCUGCUGAUCCUUUUUCAUCGAUACGUCGUGCUGGUAAAGAUCGUAUGAUAUUGACUUUGUGUGUAGCUGUUUUUCUAUCCUAUCUACCGGAAGCUGGACAGUAUUCCUGUUUUUUUGUCUAUCUUAAAUUAGUCAUCGGUUUCAAUCAGAUUCAAGUGGCAUCCUACAUUGCACUUAUUGGUAUCAUGUCGGUGAUUGCUCAAACACUUUUAUUGGCCAUAUUAAUGAAACGAGUUGGUUCAAAAAAUACAAUCAUGAUAGGCUUAAUAUUCGAAAUGUUACAAUUGAUUUGUUUUGGACUUGGUUCCAGCCAUUGGGUUGUUUGGAGUGCUGGUAUUAUUGCCGCAAUCGGUACGAUCACCUAUCCGGCUAUUAGUGCCUAUGUAUCCACUUAUGCUGAUGCUGAUAAACAAGGACUCGUGCAGGGUAUAAUUACUGGUAUUCGUGGUCUAUGCAAUGGAUUGGGUCCUUGUUUUUUUGGACUUAUAUUUAGUUUAUUUAAUGUUGAUCUCCGACAAUCAUCUCCAAAUCAUUCGUCAUUAUCAACAUCAGUGCUAUCUCCAUCUGCCGAAUCAUUAGAUACACUUAAACACAUGAUGCCAUCGAUAUCAAAUGUGAAUGGUUCAUCAUUUAUCACAUUUCUUAAUUCAACUACAAAUCAAUUUUUCCAUUCACCCACCGAUCAAGUGAUACCCGGACCACCAUUUUUGUUCGGCUCUCUUUUGGUGUUGGUUGCCAUAUUAGUCAUGGCAUUCAUACCGGAAUUAGUACAAUACCCACCAUCACCAUCAAAUGCUGGAAGCUUUGGUGAAAGUUACGGUAAAAGCUCAAGUGGUUCAUUUAAAUCAUCCGUAAAACGUUCCCCAACAUCGACAAAUAGUCAUAAUUAUUACUACAAAAAUAUGCAUCAUACACAAACCAAUGUUUACAAUAGUAAUCAAUGCUGUUCUCUCAACAAUGAUGAAUACGAGGAAGAAGAUGAAGAUGAACUGAAUGUUGACAUGUUUAAUGCUCAUCAUUUAUCCAAAAGAGGACAGUUAUUACCUGCAUCUAUGCUAAUUAAUGGUGACCUUAAUCAUCAUAAUGAACUCUACAAUCAAUCUACAGUCGCUUGUCCAUUGUCAUCUUCAUCAUCUACAAUAACCUAUAAUUUGUCCACAUCAGCUUCUCAACAACAACAUGACCAAUCUUUGUCACCAUUUCAACCAUCCUCAUCUUCAUCAUCAUCUUAUGGCCCGAGUAGUGAAGCUGAUAGCGAUAUCGAUUCAAAACAACGACUUUUACCAAUAUCGUCUGACAAUGGUAUGAUUCAUAAUGACCACUAUGAUAAAGUUGGUCAUCACGGAAUCGAGUCGAAUGAGUUAAGAAAAAAUAUAAUCAAUAAUCAUCAACCAGAAGAAUUUCCAAAUAUUAUGCAUAACUGUCGCAAUACGAUUGUGACAAUGUCUGCAACACCAAAUCACCGAACAACCACUGCUAUUCAUUGGCCACAUUCACUCUAUGGUUAUUCAGACAACAAUUCCACUGGGAAGUAUUCCGGAAUUGAUCCUAAUUCUAAUAUGACCAAGAAAACAAACAAACAAAAUCAUUACUUUGAUUCAUCGAUUAAAAAUACGAGACCUUUGCUGCCAUUAGCCGCAGAUGACACUAUGGGACCUUUGGCCGUAAUGCAAUCUUCAAUUCAUCGUCCAUUAAAUUUAUCGAAAUCAUUAAAUAUGCCUGUCAAACCACCAAGAUCAUCAUCAUCAUCGAUAAUGACAUCAUCUUUAUCAGCAUUAGCAUCAAAUUGUAACAAUUCGACCAUAACACAUUCCUCAACCAUUGAACAUUCUUCUCUUUCUUCUUAUCCUCCUCAUCAUCUGGACAAAAACAAUCGUUUUUUGCAUAGCGAAUCACCGAUUGUUAAAACCUAAA